AUGAAAAUCUGUUUAAAUAUAGAAACUGAAGAGAAAAGACUCAUUGACGUCACAGAACAACCAACAAAAUUUUCUUCGUCUUUUUAUACAGAUUAAACAAGAGAAAUAAAAAUAAUUAGAGAAGCAUUUAAUUCAAAUAAUUUUACAUAGCUUAGAGAACUGCCAAAUUUUAAAAGUAAUCAAAAAUUUUUUCCAUCUAGGAAAUGCUUUAUUGAAUAAUUCCAAAUAAAAAGUUUUUAAUGUAGUGGACAAUGUAUCUCCUACUUUUAAAGUUUAAGGGAUGAACAAUUAUUUCACACCUUUUAAAUAUAUACCAACUGAUUAUGAUUUUGCUAAGUAUUUAAAAAGGUUAAAGCAAUUAAUGGACUAAGAAAAAUAAAACUAUAUAAGUACGAAACCCUUCUUGAAUUGCGCAUCAGUAGGAAAAAAACUUAAAUAUAAUGAUUAAUUUUUUAUUAAAGAAAAUUUGCUACCUUUUCACUUAUCAGAUGAUAUUUUCGAACUUAAAAAACUAUCAAAAUCUAGAUAAUAAAUUAUUUCUGAAUGUUAAAGAAUAGCUGGAGCUUUCAAACCUGCUGGAAAACAUUAUCAAAAAUAUGAUAUCGAACAAAUACUUAUUAAUGUUAAAAAUACAAUUAUUGAAGAUUAUCCAACAUCAAAAUUUACAAUUACUAAUAACUUAGCAAAUAUAAUUACGAUAUAGUUUCAUUUUGAAGUAUUUUAAUUACAAUAUUAGAUUAACCCAAAAGAAUUGGUUUAUUAUAUGAAUGCUUUAUUAAAUGAUGAAAGAUUAGCAGAUUAUCAAUUACAUAAAAUUAUAAAUGAUUGGGGAAUUCAGAUAAAUUAAUCAAUAAUGGCAUUUUCUAUGAAAUCUCUUUGGAUAAAAUGA